ACACUUCCUUGGUUACAACCUACUCUCAUCUACCCAAGGUUCAAUUAAAUCUUGUUGCUAACCUUGAUUUACGGCGAGCGCCAUUGUACAACUGUCGUCUACUUGCCGUGGUGACCGUACCCUUGGUAGUUAGCCCAUUCAAAAGCUUCGCCUCGCAUCCAACUUUAUCACUACGCCCCUCGACCAAUUCGGAUCCGGAAAGGACUCCAUACCGUUCCAAACAGUCGAUUCAUCAACACUCACAGUCCACAAUCACGCACCACGAUUAAAAUAGCCUUAGGCGCAAGUUCUCUCUAACCCAUCCCCUGCAUUCCUGCCAAUCGUCGGUCAAAGAUACAUCUCCCCGGAGAUCAGUGAUUGAAGUGAAUCCGUACGCGGUAUCCAGGGCGCAGCCUCGACAUAGUAGGCGCCCACAGCCUCCUCAACGAUAAAACCCUUCCAUCUCGACUUCAACUCGGUUGCUCCUUAUUCCUUUUCGUCCCAAGUCAUGGCGUCCCCUUACGUCUACACGCCCGAAUCAUCAUACCAACCUGGUCCGUACGCUGUUCCUAAUGCGGCACCAGGCUCUCCGUACUCCCCUUUCAUCCCCGACGUCUCUCUGUACCCUCCCUCACCUUAUUCCAGACCGGGGUCAGUGCACGGGUCGCCUGCUUCAGGUGUCGUUAAUCUCCCUCCAGUCGGGGGAGUUCCAUUCCCAGCCGCUCCGCCCAGUCCAGUCCUCGGCGGAUUCAUCCCUCCUACAUUCGAGGAGACCUUCUGGGGACCGCGCCAGCGAAGGCCAUCUUGGCACGGAGCACCAACCGGCGGACUAACAGUCCCACAAGGCCACGUUCGCUCCAACUCUUUUGGGCAAGCCAACGCUCCCCCUUUUUACCCACCGCCUGCCACCGCACCAGUGUAUGCCAACGGCUAUGACGCCUGGCUGCAAUGGCAACAACAACAGCACCAGCAACAACAACAACAACAACUCGAAGCCCAGAAAAAGCAGAUCUAUAUCCACCCCUUGUUGAACGGCGAGAACCCUGCCCGGCAGUUUUUCUUCAAUUUGGCGAAUCCGCAUUUUCAACCUGUGAAGAUCGUUGGACCUAAUCAGUGGGUGCCAUUGGGGUCUGAGGAGCUCGCGCAGCCAGCUACGCACCCACCGGUGUACGAACUCAAGAUUGUGUGCGACGCGACCCCACAAUGGCCUAUCCAUAUCCGCUACGAGCCGCCCUCAAACCCGUACUACAGCCCACACCCCUCUGCGGCGCUCCAACCCGGACAUGGGGCCCCACCCAUCACCGUUGGCGACGUUCUAACCCAACUGCACAAACACCUCCAUGCGAUGGUCGCGCAGCAUGAAUGGAACCAGAUGAGUACGAAGGAGGAGAAGGAAAUCACGAAGGCGUUUCAGAGGAGGUGUAAGAUGAUGGGUAAGGGAGAGUAUAUGGUGUGGAGGCAGAAGGGUCUGAGGAGAGUUGAUUACUUGAAGGAUAGGUGUGUGUUCUCGGGGGUGUUGAGGACUGGAUCGGGUCUCGGGGAAGUCAAGCUCGUCACGCAGCCCAUGCCGAAGACGAAUUAG